GACGAAAGACGUAUUAAAAGCGAAGCGAAAAAACUUGCAAUAUUGCCCUGUUUCAUCGCAAAGAAAAUAAUGUCAUCGCCACUGGGAAAGUUUUGGGAAGAUACUAAAGCCGUGGUAAAGAACACCGUCAUCGCAACUUGCACUUUUGAAAACGAUACACAAUAUCCCGUUGAGAUUGUUGACCACGAUGGAACACGCACUUUGAAUCCAACGGAAUCGGAAGGCAACUACCUCGUCAGGGGCUUCAGCGUCGAUCUCAUCAUGAAAUUACCAGAAGGAAAGGAAGCCAAGAUUAAUUUCCCAUCAAGUAGAUUUGAGAAUCGAAGACACAAGAUGAGUGUGAUUUUUAAAGAUCAUACAAACGAACGUCCACUGGAGGUACUCGAAACCAUUUCCAGCUGGAAAUUCCUUUACAACCAUCCCGGUGGCUGUGAAAUGAAAGUUGAAAUGACCAGUAAACACAGCUGGAAGAAAAAACAAGACAUUGCCAUUGGAGCAGAAGGAGAAGCAAAAAUAGGAGCGAUGAUUAAGGCAAUCGAGUUGAGUUCGUCGUUUAAACUUAAUACCAAGCUGACUCAAGUCGAUGAAUGCGAACAACAGAUCACUGAAAGCAGCGUCCGCACUUUUAAAAAUCCUUGUUACCUCUGGCAGGAGACUGUUGUCAUUAAAACGAACCAGCCCCCGCCGUAUCACGUGUUGGAAAUUCCCACACCCCACACAGAGAUGACGACAACACCAAGUGAACCGGGAAGAGACAAGGCCAUCUAUGCUCGCUGACUCCUUUUCGACUCCAACCGUUUUUGCUACUAAUAUUUUAACGCUUUUUAAUCUUCUAACGUUUCAUGGCCUAGCUAUUUUAAGUACGUGUAUGUAAGCGAAAGCCGAAAGGUGUAUUGCAACAAUACGUAAACUAAUUACUGCGUGCAACAACGAUGUUCUAAUUCUAAAGAGUUAUGAAAACCGAUUUUUUGUUGACAUCAGAAGCAAAAUUCUAUAAAGCGAAGGCACGAAGUUGCUUGAGUGUGGUUACUUUAAUAAAUGAUAUCAUACAUAAUUUUUUUAAGAGAAUUCACAGCCUGCAUGGUCAUGCUCCACCACAAUCGAUAAGUAAUUAAGCUUGUAGGUACACCACUGUGCAAUAAUGAAGGCCAGGGUUAACGGACCGAAAGCUUUGCAGUAUUAAAUACUUACGAGGUGUACCUACAGGCUACAAGCUUAAUUACUUAGUUUAGAUAUGGUUUGAUUAUUUCAGUUAUCAUUAUUAGAUUAUUUUGAUUAUGAAUUAUUUCGUAGUUUGAAUUAAUUUAGCAUGAUCCUAUUUGAUUUGCAUGAGAAGUGAUUAGGUGUUAGUGCAAUCAAAGAACAUUAGAAUAUUGAAUUCAUUGUCAGACAAGCGUGCGAGA